AUGCUGCGCCGCCGCACAGGCAAGGACGACACUCCGUCCCGCGACGACAGCAACAAACAGGAUACCCAGCCACAAACAGAGGAGGAUCGCCUACGGGCUGAGUUUGGAGGUGCGAAAGUUAAACAGCUCGUUAUCACCCCACCACGCCGAAGCAAGCGCCGUAAUGGAUUGAUCUUCGCGCUCGGCGGGCUCUUUGGAGUCUUGGUUGCUGUAUUUUUUGCGAACCAGCAGGAAGUCAUCAGUUUGGAAUCGUUAUUGGACUUGAACCUCGAUAGCUUGAUUGAUGUUAUUCCACAAGGAAUUGUUCGUGAUGCAAGAGAAUUCUCGCAACACGAGCGCGAUGCCAUCAAUUACGAUUCUUUUGCCGUCGGUUUACAUCUCCAAUCGCAAGGCGUACAGGCCAAGCAUCCUGUCGUCAUGAUACCCGGGGUUAUUUCAACAGGGCUCGAGAGCUGGGGAACCGGUGAUACUUCACGUCAAUAUUUCCGACGGAGGCUAUGGGGCAGCUGGAGCAUGAUGCGUGCUCUAAUAAUGGACAAGGCAGAAUGGAAGAACCAUAUCAUGCUUGAUCGUGAGACUGGUUUGGACCCGCCCGGUAUCAAGCUUCGUGCCGCGCAAGGCUUCGACGCUACCGACUUCUUUAUCACAGGAUAUUGGAUUUGGAACAAGAUCCUUGAAAACCUUGCUACAAUUGGUUAUGAUCCUACAAAUGCGUUUACGGCCGCAUACGACUGGCGCCUUGCAUACCCGAAUUUGGAAGUUCGAGAUAAGUACUUUAGCCGGCUGAAGUCUUAUAUUGAGACUGCAGUGGAGCUGCAGGGUGAGAAAAUCAUGCUGGCGUCUCACAGUAUGGGAUCACAAGUAGUUUUGUAUUUUUUCAAGUGGGUCGAAAGCGAGGAACACGGAAAUGGUGGCAAGGACUGGGUCAACAGACAUAUCGACUCCUGGGUCAAUAUCAGUGGCUGCAUGCUUGGUGCUGUCAAGGGACUGACGGCUGUUUUGUCAGGCGAGAUGCGCGAUACAGCACAGCUAAAUGCUUUUGCAGUUUACGGGCUGGAGAAGUUCCUGGCCAAAGAAGAGCGAGCAGAGAUUUUCCGUGCGAUGCCCGGUAUAUCUAGUAUGUUGCCCAAAGGCGGCGAGGCUGUAUGGGGCAACGCAACCUGGGCUCCAGAUGACCAACCUGGUCAAGCACAAACCUUUGGAAAUCUCAUCAACUUCCGUGACACCAAUUCAUCGUUGACACAUCGCAAUCUUACCGCUCCCCAAAGUCUGCAGUACUUAAUGGACCACAGUGAAGAAUGGUACCGCAACCAGGUGUUGGGUAGUUACUCGCACGGCGUCGCACACACCAAAGCUGAAGUGGAAGCUAAUGAGAAAGACCCGCGCACCUGGCUCAACCCACUCGAGGCUCGACUCCCCCUUGCACCUGAUAUGAAGAUCUACUGCUUCUACGGUGUAGGUAAGCCCACAGAGCGUAGCUAUUGGUACCAGGAGGAGACUGAUCCGCUGGUAAACCUCAAUGUCAGCAUUGACACCACUGUUACGUUGAAUGAACAUGUUGACCAUGGCGUCGUAAUGGGCGAGGGUGACGGCACCGUCAACAUCCUUAGCACAGGCUAUAUGUGUGCCAAGGGCUGGCGCAUCAAGCGCUACAAUCCAGCUGGCUCUAAGAUUAAGGUCUUCGAGAUGCCACAUGAGCCGGACCGCUUCUCACCCCGAGGAGGUCCCAAUACAGGCGAUCAUGUUGAUAUUCUUGGCCGCGCCUCGCUGAACGACCUCAUUCUCCGGGUAGCUGGCGGCAAAGGCGACGAUAUCGGGGAGACCUUUGUCUCCAAUAUCCGCGAGUAUGCGGAACGUGUACAGAUUUUUGACGACGAAUAG